UGAGCCGUCAUUUAUUCUUAUUGGGCACCAUAUGGGUACAGGAUGACCAGUGUCAUUCAUUCAGAUCGAAGACGUUUCGGAAACCCCGGCCGUGCCACUGCUGUCAUGAAUUGAUAAAAAAUGAAGGCAGCAGCUGUAGAGUGUGCAAAUUUGUAUGUCAUAAAAAUUGCGAAGAUAAGGUGAACCAUCAUAUCGCCGGAAGACCAUAUAAUAAAGAACAUGCAAACGAGCUGGCCACGAGGAGUGUCACCCCCCAGAAACAAGCAUGGGGAGGGACGGAAGGAAGGCCGAAAAGCAGAAGGGAAAAUGCCAUGGACCUGACAUACAUCACUGAAAGGAUCCUGUCGCUAUGGUUUCCUUACGACAUCGGGGCGCAAGAGUACAGAAUGGGCCACCAGCAAGUCGCGCACAUGCUUCAGAGCAAGCAUGGAUCAAGUUAUAUGGUGUUCAAUUUAUCCGAACCAAGAGGAGGAACGAGACGAGAACACGUGAGGGUGAGAGAAGUGGGUUGGCCUCCUGACUUGGCACCACCUUUGGAGCGAUUGUGUUCCGUGUGCAAGGACAUCGAUUCUUGGCUGAGCGAGGACUCUUCGAGAAUUGCCGUUCUUCAUGCAAGGGGGAAUCGAGAGAGGAUAGGGGUGAUCGUCGCCGCUUACAUGCAUUACAGCAGCAUAUGCGGCAGCCCGGAGCAAGCUCUCGACAGAUUCGCCAUGAAGAGAUAUCUAGAUCACAAAAUCGGCGAAUUGGAAUUGCCAUCGAAUAAAAGAUAUGUCAACUAUUUCUCCGGGCUGCUGUCAGGUUGUAUUCGGAUAAAUUCAGCGCCGUUGUACCUGACUCAUGUCACAGUAUUGGGAGCGCCAUCAUUCGAACCCGGUACCUGUGGAUGCAGGGCUUUCAUUAAAGUCUACGAAGGCCUCAUACCUGUGUACACGUCCGGGGUACACACGGUAUCACCGGAAACUAGGCAGUUCACAGUUACUGUAAGCGGCGGUGCGGACCGCAGAGGGUUGCAACUUAGAGGUGACAUCCUUCUAAAAUGCUACCAUAGGCAUUACUGCAACGAUGAAAACAGCACGAGAUGCAGUUCGCCUUUAGACAGUAGCGUCGCAAGUGGAGAACCACCAAUUCAAAGGGAGUUGAUAUUCUCUUGUCAAUUUCAUACCUGUGCGGUCACCGACCAUACUCUGAGUUUUACGAGGCAGGAACUCGACGGAGCUUGCAACGAUCUGAGGUUUCCUCUAGACGGUGCUGUGGAGCUUCACUUUUCCGGCAGGUCGGAAACACCGAGGAUCACACCCGCACCGACCCCAGCCGUCCCGGUAGAUAACAGCCAGGACCCUGUUACCAGGUGGGAUUCUUACGAACACCUAGAUCAUCCACCUCCUCUCAGCCCUGAUUCGGACAUCACGGAAGAAGCUAAUGGUAAAUACAACAGCCACCAAAUAGAUGCUGAGGUGACUCACACGUACGGGCCCCUCGACGGCUCUCUCUACGCAACGGUCGCCAAAAAGGAGGAGGUGAUCGCCAGCCCUCAUACAGUGUCAAUGGACAGUGGCAUCUCAUCCGCCGGUAACGGACUAGCCUCACAGGGACCCUGCUUAGACCAACAUCGAGAAUUGGACAAGCUGCUUUCGGAAAUGCUCAUGACAGUCAGAGACAUUGAGGAAGUCCCGUACCACGCGAGGACGGACAGCCGUCCCUUCAGCUACGGCCUCGCGAGCCCGCGUCUCGUCAGGAAGCUCAGUAACGACAGACCUUCGCCCGUUUUCCACGAGGGGAAUAUUGUGACCGGAUCAAUAAGUCAAGACACGAGCAACAACUUGACAUGGCUACAGAGGCAGCAACAAAAAUUAAGAGACAGGCGAGAGGUUCAGCUGAGAUGGGAAAGGGAGCCUGCAGAACGCAGUCUCCUUAGCGAACUGCGAGUUUCCCAAACUACAACUCGCUCUCCUAGUCGAAGGACAGACGGAUACGCAAGCGACACAUCACACCUUAGGGACGAUGAAGAUUUUUCAGUCCCGCUUCACAUAAAUACAACUGCUGCAAAAGUGACUACAGGAUCAGCACCGGUCUCUCCCCUCCUUCCGCAUAGGAGCUCGUCGAGAAGGCACCCGCUCACUUCUGCAGCAGCCAGAGCACGAUCGGCCGACCCAGCACCCUUCUCCGGAAAAAACAGAAAAUAUAGCGAUUCGAGCACAGCGAGAGGUUCCGAGCAGGACAGCGGCCUCCUUUCAUUAAUUGACGGAGGAGACAGUGAAAAGCACAGUUCAUUUGUAGCGUCAACGACAAGAUCCCCAAGUGACAGUUCAGAGGAAACGGCUGCUUGGCCUCCACCACCUUCUGAACUACAGGCCAGACCAGGAUUUGAAUCACUUGCACUAAAUUUGCUACGGGAUGAAGGAUAUUCCUGGAGGACGACAUCAACCACAAGCGAAGGAACAGGAAGCCCAGCAAACAGCCCCCGGCCUCAGACUCCGGCUUUCCCUGUUCAUCCUAGAACACCUUACAGUAAUGGAAAUCAUUCACAUUUCGAUAUCGCAGGUCUGCCCCCCAAAAGCCCAACUGCAAACAGAAAGGAGUGGACACCUCUAGGGGAGACCCUUCAAAGAGAACAUUCUUCAACAAGUUCACGUGGAUAUGACAGUUCAGACAACCAGUACAGUCCAAAAAGUCCAGUUCUUUCAAAUGGAACAAUGAACGGGGGUCAAUCUUCCCCAACACCAACUGUAUAUUAUGGAACAUCUAGAAGGUCUUCAAUACAUAGUAAUGGAGAACCUCCUCAAGAAGUGUCACCAGCACAUGUCAAAUUUGUCAGGGAUACAAACAAGUACUGGUACAAAGCAACUAUAUCCCGAGAAGAAGCAAUAAACAUGUUAAAAGAUCGUCCACCUGGGACUUUCGUCGUGAGGGAUUCAAACUCAUUCCCAGGUGCCUUUGGUUUGGCUUUGAAAGUCGCAACGCCUCCUCCAAAUGCAGGAAAAUCGCCUACAGGAGAUCCAGCCAAUGAACUUGUAAGACAUUUUCUAAUUGAGCCCACAUCUAGGGGAGUUCGAUUAAAAGGUUGCAGCAACGAACCUGUAUUUAGUUCAUUGUCUGCUCUAGUCUAUCAGCAUACCUUAACACCACUUGCUUUGCCGUGUAAACUAGUACUUCCAGAAUCUGAUCCAUCGAGGCAAAUGGACCCUUCAACAGUUAGCAAUGCUCAACUUCUCUUAGCACAAGGAGCAGCCUGCAACGUGCUCUAUUUGAAAACCGUUGACACCGAAUCACUGACUGGUCCUCAGGCCGUUGUUCGAGCAAUAACCCAGCUAUUCUCUGAUGCUCUACCAACUGCAGUAGUUGUCCAUUUUAAAGUAUCAACCCAAGGCAUUACACUUACGGACAACAAAAGGCAACAAUUCUUUAGAAGACAUUAUCCCGUUAAUACGAUCAGUUACUGUGGGCUAGAUCCAGACGAUCACAGGUGGAGUCAGAGAAAUGAGACUACUGGAAUGCCUUUAUCUUCAUUGCGGUGUUUUGGAUUUGUUGCUCGAGAACCGGGAAAUAAGCCUGACAACCAGUGCCACUUAUUUGCUGAACUUGAACCAGGACAGCCAGCUAAUGCAAUAGUAAAUUUUGUAGCAAAAGUAAUGUUGAACGGCCAAACGAAAAAUAAUAUCGUAUAAGUUUCAAUUAUUCAUUUAAUCAAAUUUUUUGGCUUCACACACACAAAAAUGGUUACCUUUAUUGUUUCUGUUGUUUUUCUUCAAUUGAUAAAUUUUACAAAAAAAAAAUAUUCUAUGAAAAUUAUUCAACUCGUAUACAAAUACCAUUGUAAUUAUUUAUAACAAUGCUUCUUAUCCAUAUGAAAAUAAAUAGUAAAAUAAAAUUAUUUUACCUAGACCUCCACCGUCUCUUUUAGUAUCUCCUAAAGAUAAUUUGUAUGUAGUCAUAAUCAAUCAGUGAUUUGUGGACAUGGAGAAUUUUAGCAUAUCAAUUUGUUGGCAGCAUAUGAAAAAGGAUUAUUUCCUUUCUUUCCAUUCUUUAUGAAAGAAUAAAGGACAGAACUAUAUCAUUUGUUAAAAACAACCAAUAAUUAAAGGUAAUUAAAAGAACAUUAUUUAGGCUUAGGAAAAUAAUUUGUUGUCCUGGAACAACUAAAUAUUUCAUUUAAUGAUUUUUGUGUAUUUAAAUAUUCAUUUUAUUAACACUGCUUAUUUCAAAAUGACUUUAAUUUAGAAUUUCAAUUGUCUCAUUCUUAUUAUUUUAUGUAUUUAUUUGUGUAAUGAACAGAAUUAAUAUUUUUAACUAGGCAUUAUGUAAAUAGAUAUUACAGUAGAAUAAAAAUAUAACAAUUAUAAUCAUUACUAAUUUAUACAAGUAUAUUUUACUUUGUUAAAUUUAACAGGCGACAUCACUAUCAAAUAUAGCAUUUAUUUUUUGUGUUAUUUUUACUGUAAGACUACCAGUUCAUUUUAUCCUUGUUAAAGUGUUCAUUUGAACAUUUUAUGUAAGAAAAAAAUGGUAAAUUAAAUUGCUCACUAAAGUAAUUUAUAGAACUUUAACAAAAUUAGAAAGAAAUGAAAUAUUUAAAAAAAAAAAAAAUUAGUUUCAGAAUUAAAUAAUUUCAAUCCUUUAUUUUCAAAAUAAUAAGAUUAUAAUAAUUGUACAAUUAACAAUGUAAAUAAAAAAUAUACUAUGA